GUGUAGAUGGGAAAACAAUUAUCCCAAGGAUUUGGACUAUAGGAAGGAUGUUCUCACUAGAAAGGAAAGUGUCUGAGAGAGUGUUUCCUAGAACACCUGUGCUGGAUUAACUGGGCACACUAGAACCUGCUGCUGACUGACGUAAGCUUUCAGAGGCUGUCUACUGACAGUAGUCUUUGGGACUCGUUACAGACUAAAAUAGUGUGGAUGAAAGAUCUGACACCCUCAGAAGAUACAACAGGUAAGAGUGACUCCAACGAGUAUAAUUUCUGGAUUGGAGAGCUUCAACGAUGCCAUGGAAAAGCAGCAAAGAGAGCCUUCUUUUUGAGAGCAUCCCUGUUGCUUCAUAAUAGCCACAUCUGGGCAGGACCUAUCAGCAUCCCCAGAUGAACUUGACACAGGCCCACCCUGACAUGGCGUCUUUGCGGCAGCCUGCACAAGCCGAUCAAAUCACUCGCAGUGGAAGCCCACAGCUCAAGAUAAUGCCAUUUGGCCUCAAACUCUGUGCAGUGCAUGCUUUCCCUGCCUUCCUGGGAAAGAUAAGAGUGAGAGAGUGAGCCUGACCCUUAACAGGCCUUUGGAAUUCCCCAGCAUACAGACUAGAUGAGGAAAUUUUUAAAUAGGAAACUAACUUGAGUUCACGUUAGAACCCUUUAUUUGGUGCACAAGUCUGUCUAGUUCACAGAUUUCAGCUUUGCAAAUAAGUUGGAGCCGAUUUCUUCCCUCGGAAAAAAACUUUUAGUUGGUGAUGAUCGACAGAAGUCUCAACACAGAAAUGAGCAAGGAAGGUUCUCGCUGAGACUCAUCCGAAGAAAGUCCCAAAGCAAGAGUCGGAGAGCUCAUUUCAGGAUGAAGCUGCAAGGGCGAAGGAGAACUUCUAACACGAGCAAAUGCGGGCCAUGGACCGGCAGAUGCCGGGGGACUCCUCUCCCAGCCCCUGCAGCUCCUGGGGUGAGUGCCUGGCUCUCUGGAGGGCAGCUUCUCCUGCUGCUGUUUUCCGGUCUGCAGAGACCCACGGGGAGUUCCAAGGUUGCAAUUAAAGUUGACUUUGACUUGGCACCAGAUUCCUUUGAUGAUCAGUACCAAGGCUGCAGCCCACAGGUCUUAGAGGAGCUAAGUCGAGGAGAUUAUUUCACAAAAGAGCUAAAAGCCCAUAGGGAUUAUGACAAGGUCUGGAAGAAUGCCCACUUAACCUGGUUGAACCGAGCAAAAGAGCUCCCCAAGAACAUGAAUAUUACCCAUGCUGUGGCCAUCUUGGUUUAUACAUCAAAAAGCAAUGUUCCCUCAGACUUUAUUAGAGCCAUGGCUAAUGCUUCUCGGUCUGCACAGCAGUACAUUCAUUCAUUCCAUUUCAAAUAUCUCCACUACUACCUGACCUCAGCAAUCCAGCUGCUGAGGAAAGAGAUUGUCAUGAAGAACGACUCUCUGUGUUUUGAGGUGCAUCAUGAGAUGAAGGAUGUCUACCUGGAAGCGCACAGAGGCGCCAUCAUCCGAUUUGGUCAGUUCCUCUCCGCCUCCCUCCUGAGAGAAAAGGCACAGAAGUUUGGGCGACAAACUGUAUUUACCAUCGUUACCUGCUUGGGUGCACCUGUACAAGAAUUCUCUCUCAAGAAGGAGGUCCUGGUUCCCCCCUACGAGUUAUUUGAAGUUGUAAAUACAAGCAUCCAUGCAGGAGGAAGGUGGAUACAACUGCGGUCAGCUGGAAACCUGAGCACAUACAACUGUCAGCUGCUAGAAGUGUCAUCAUCUCUUCCAAAAGUGGAAUAUAAGAAAACCUCCGUGGCUUUGUUUUCCCUGUAUACUUUUGCUUUAUUCAGGGCACCCUGGGCACCUCAGGGAAUGGCUCUGCACAGCUAUCAACUGAUACAAAACUGGCUCAGCCUACUGCCUACAAGUGGGCCUGUAACAGUAUAUUUCUUCUCCAUGGACACAGAGAUUCAUGCUGGAUAGAAAAUGGCCCAAUCAGAGCCUAUGAGAUACAAUCAGGGCACUUUUUUUUGGAAUUGAGAGGGAAAGUAAGGUGAAGGCCUUUUUUUGGAAUGGAGAUUAGUGAAAGCAGAGUGUCCAGUGGCUAGCAGCCCCCAGAGAGAGGCUAUCUCCCUGAGAAUGGAGCUAAAGCAAUAAAGGAAGAGCUGAAAAAUGAGAAGAAACUGAGUCCUACUGAGAACAUAUGAGUCCCUAGGUCCAACUGUGUCGGAAACCUGGGCUUUUUCAUUACGUCAACCAAAACAUUGUAUUUUGGUUUAAAUAAUUUGAAUUAAGUUUUCUAUCGCAAGCAAUUAAAGGAGUUAUGAACACAAGGAUAUUCCUUAUUUUUUAUUUAGUGGUCCUCAAUAAAAACUAAUCAAAGAAGCUUGAGUUAGAAAGCAAAGGACAAAUUCUUCAUUAAAUGGAAAAGCUUUGAGCCCCAGAGACAUAACCACGGUGUGACUUUUCUUCUGCGAUUUUCGCCAGCAUUCAAGACCAAACCAGUAUAGUCUCAAACAGGAGGAAAUACGGAAAUUUGAGGAAUAAAACAGGAAGUUAAUGAAAGACAUUAAUGAAAGCUCAUUUGCUGCCAGUAAUGGGUAGUACAUUACAAAAUAUCACAAAACUACAAAAGUUGGUAUUUUUCUAUAAAAGUUAGUAUUAAAAUUCAUGUUAAUUUAUGAAUGACUUUAUAGCAAAUUGGAUUUUAAGUCAUUGUUGCAAAUUUAAGUGUAUUUAUUAGAAAAGCACGUGGAUGUGUAUAGAGAUAAAAAAGAAGAUGCAGGAGGGAAAAAAAAUCUGGUUACCAGGUAAAUAUCAAAGAUAUGUUAAGUUCCAUUAUGUACAAAUGACUAGGUAAAAAAAAGUAUAACUCAUUGACCUUCACAGAUGGGAAUGUUCUCCAAAUAUUCUCUCAGGCUGUAUACGGUCUAGGUGGGGUGAUGGGGAUUGUUUUACCUGAUCUCCUGGGACCCAGCUACUGGGCUAAAUGGAGUGAAGAUGGGGGCCAGCUCUAGACCUUUGAAUUCUGAAAGUCCAUACUUUAGCCCCUCCGAGAUUUUCAUAAGAAGCAAUAAAAGUGGAAAUCAGCUCAUCUAACCCAGUAGGACUUCCUGGAGGGCCUGUGUUAUGGUAAAAGAGGAAUCAGCUGGAUAAAAUCAUCUGGUAGAGAAUUCAAGCAUCCAGUACCAUCAUUCUUCACACUGGAAUUUUGAGAACAGGGCCAAGUGCACCUCUAUCGUCUAGCUUGCAUUGGCCUCUGCACCUAAUAAAGCAAGCAUCAAAUUUCCAAAACACAACUCCCAUUUUGGCAGGUUAGCGGUUACCUAGGAGAGAGUACUGAGGGCCUAGCUCUGGAAAUGAGCUUUACAGUGAGCUUUGGUGAAGCAGUGGCAAACUGUGUUAGGAAAAUCCUCCUAACAUCUUGCACAUAUUUUCUUCUGUGCCAUAGCAGUGUAUUUAUUGAGCCCAACUAGGUACAAAGCACUUUAGAGAUUGAAAGUCAAAUACACUAGGCCAGAUCGUCAUUGAGUUUACAACCUCUUGAGAGAAGUUAAGAAUACAAAGGAAAUACCAAAAGAAGGGAAAAUCAAGUCUGCUGUUCAUGAGAGUUCAGGAAAAGAGAGAUUUCUUCUGAGGCAAGAAGGAAAGCCAGGAAGGCUUCAAGUAGAGGCAGCAUUUGGGUGAGGCCUUGGGACACUGGGAUGAGAGCAAGGGGUGAGAGGAAGGAAUAAAAAAGUUAGGCAUGGAUAUGUCGCAAGUUCUUAGUGCCAAAAACAAGCAUAGAUAAUAAGUGCUUGGAGUUCAGAGAAAAAUGAGAUUCCUCUGGCUGUGCUUGGAUUCAGCUUUCCAUCAGAGAUAAGGCUUAGGGGCAGAGCUCAGAUGAGUGCAAAAGAGAGAGCUGAGUAGAAAAGAGAGGCAGGGUAUAGGAAUGAUCAAUGUACAUAAGGGUCAGAAAAUAGGUCUGACAGAGUGAAGGAGUAAUAUGAACUGGAGAGGAAAGGUGAAGCCACUCAGUCAAAAUAAAACGCCAGCCCAACAGCAUUUGAUAUUCAUGAGAAAUCAGUUUUCUAAGACAUUCUAUAUCGGUCCCCUGAAAGCGUGCUCCCAGAGCCAGCAGUCCCUUUAGAGCUUGUUACAAAUGUAGAUUCUAGGGCCUGAUCCCAAAUCUAUGGAAUCAGAAACCCCGACAUCUGUGUUUAGUAAGCCCUCCAAGCUUGUGAUUUAUGUGAUUACAGCCCUUAAGGGAAUAGCCAAGUUUUUAAAAAGAUAACUUAGCUCUUCCUCCUAAUGCUGCUUUACAGAACAAUUCUCUGGAGAUAAAAAUUAUUCUUUUGAAUUACAUAGAUUUGUCGGCUUAGCUAAGGAUGAAUGGACUUAGUUUACAUUCCCUCAAUCUCUCCUUGUCUAAAGAUUUUGUGCAUUAGUCAGUAAAGUGGACCAUUGAUUUAAAUUGCCUCAAAGUCUAAGUUCAUGAAACUUUAGGAGACCGGUUUCCAAAAAUACACUGUAAUAUCUACUCUUUGUUAGUCUGGAUGUCUUCUGAAGGUAAAAUGGAUCCUUAAAUGUGCAUAAAUUCACAUAGAUGUUAAGAGACUACACUAUAAAGUUGCAUAGCAUUUAUCUCCUAUAGUAAUUUUAGUAAAAUAACACAUGCAUCUCUCCUUUUUGUAUAUACAAAAAAAAUACUGUGGCUCCAUUUAUUAUUUUAUUUUUAUCUUUAUAAUUUAGUAUCUAAUUGUUCUGAAGUUCCAUUUACUCUAACUCUAAACAAAAAUAAAUACAGCAAAAGAAAAA